AAGAAAACAUUUUCAAUUUAAAAAAAAAAAAAAAAAAAAAAAAAUCUAAAGAAAACUUGUCUUUCUCAAAGUCUUUCAUAGUUGCAUUCAUGCACACGUAAUUGCAUGUAUAUAAAUGGAAACCACACAGCCACACUAAACAAAACAUCAUCACAAUUUUCAAAACACAUACAGCUAUACAUACAUACAUUAUAUCAGAGAAGAAACCAUCUUUUACCUCAAAGUUGUCACAUAUAUAUGUCGUCAAUGAAUCCAAAGAGCGGCAGAGGCGGGCCGAGCCACCCCGUCUAUGAAGAUUUCAGGCCGACUUUUGAGCGGCAACAUGAAGAAGAAGCUGAGAAGCUUCUUGUUUAUCUUCCCGGUUUCCCAAAGGAGAACAUAAGGGUUAGCACCGAGGGCAAGAACACGGUGAGGAUUCGCGGGGAGCACUUAGUUGGCAGUAACGUAUGGAACCGCUUCCAAGAAGAUUUCGCGGCUCCAGAAGGCUGCGACAUGAAAAAAAUCAGGGCGAGGUUCGAAAAUGGACUCCUCACCAUAACCAUGCCAACCAAGAAACUUGCUCCACACGAAUACGAAUUGAAAGAAACCCCUCCUCCCAUAACUUCACAAAACACAGGCGAGGGACACGAGAAAGCAGACCUACAGAAACCGCCAUCAGUUCAACAAGAUUCCCCCCCUCCAAACUUCACCUCAUCACCAAUGCAGUCGGAAUCACAAGAAAAAGACGAUAACUACUACUACUACGAAGAUAAGGCAAAGCAGAAAGAGAAAGACGAAGGAGAAAUCACAUGCAGCAGCAGCGCAUGGAAUUACAUGGAAGCCAUUAAAAGCCUUACCGAGCCAUACGAAAAGAGGCAGCUGCUCAUGAGUGCUGGCGCAGCUGUGCUCCUUACUGUAGCAGCACUCGGGGCCGCUUAUAUCUCCCUGCAGUACAGAGAGACCAAUUAGGCCAAUUACCAACAUCUAACAUCAAGUCAAGACAACCUUAUCUCUGUUUUGAAGAAUACUGCUGACUAUUAGAAGAAUUAUUUGUAGAAAGAUUAUGAGAACCUCUGAAUUUCACAAGAUUACACAAUGAAGAUUCUCCCAAAGGUCAAAUAUUUCAAAUGGCCUCCAUCCAUAACUCUUUUUUCAUGAUGAAUUCCCUCUACACUAGGACAUUCAUGGAUUUCUUUUGUCUGAUUCAAUGUUUCUUUUGUAGAUCCAUCAUAUCUCAAAAAUGGAAUAGCGCACAUUAAUGCAGCAAAAGUAUGACCUCUCUUACCCCUUAUAAAACAACUAAAUAAAGAGGAAAACUUGUUAUAGGGUACCAUUUAAUAAUAUCCACUCGAUUGGUGAACUCAAAUGCUAGCAGUCAAUCCUGUUAGGUACAGGAAUGAAUAAACCUGUACCAAAGUACAAAUCAUGUACAGUAAUUAUAAAUGACACUACUUGUACCCCAAAAAGAAAAGUUAUAAAAGAUACUAAAAUGAGAAGCAACUCUAAAAACCAGAAAAAGAAGCUCACACUUUGACUUCAGUAUGCCAUACUUCCACAACUGCAUACUGAAAUACUGAUGUCAUAUUCCUAGAAAUAAUUGUUAAACAGAGGAACUCCUGUAUUUACAAGUCAAAUUUAAUAAAUGCACAAAUUAUUCCAACUCAGGUACAAAGUAUGAGAAGGCCAGAACCCAAAUUUGCUAAACCUAGACCCUUACAGAGGAUGAACAAGAACUCAUGAAAGCUGAUACAGAGCUUCUUCUUUUUUUUUGGCCUCAUCUCCUCUCCAUACCCAUGACCAAUCUUCUAGCCCCUUCAUCUUCAGAAUUGAAAGAAAAACACCCAAAAAAAACCCAAAUUUCUGACUCCUGAUAACAUUCUUCUCCACUUUCAUAAGACUGUCAUGAUGCCCAACAAAACCCAUCCUUGAACAUUAUAGCUUCCCAACAAAUACAUUGAUUAUUAAUUAAUUAACAGGAGUAUCAUUUUGACAAGUGCAAUUGCAGGUCAAGCGUAUCAAGCAACUAAACAUAGAAUCUUUACAUGUAAAUUUUAGGUGUCUUGUAGAAAAUGUGAGAAAUCAUGUAAAAUUGUAAGGAAAAUGUACAGAGAUUACUUCUAAGAUUGACUUCCAUUAUUUAAGGCUUCUGUUUUCCCUUGCGUGGAAUAUACUCAAGUUUGGAGAAAUUUGCUAUACCAAUCUCAUAAUAAUAGUGUAUAUAAGUGCAUUCACUUUGUUAAGUUUCCAUUAUUAUGUCCUAUUGUGAACACUUAAUAAUUGCUUCUUUGGUAGCCACACCUUAUUAUGAGAAUUUAAUUAUUGUUCUUUCAUGACAUGUUCACUUCACAUUAAAAAAAAAAAAAAAAAAUAGACAAGGAAAAUAUUAUUCAGGAAGAAGAUUUUCUAGUGUUUAG